AUGGUGGUCGCCCGGUCAUUUACGAACCUCCGGCGCUCCUUCUACACGAGCAACAACAACUUUGAGGCACUGCUUUUGCAUUGCUCAGGACCUGAGUCCCAGAUGAUGCCGUCCGUCCAUGUCCAUGACGAUGAGUAUGUCCGGUCGCCGCAACGGCCGCUGGUGCUCACGGCGCAUGACAAGCCGGCAUCCCAUCCUCAACAGGUGCACAUUUCGGCUGUGGGGGCACACGGCAUGCGAAUUACUUGGGUCACCGACGACCGUAGCGCACCGUCCGUGGUUGAGUACGGAACAUCUCCGGGCGAGUACACUGCUGCGUCCGAGACGGGCUACCAGACCUCGUACCAGUUCUUGUCAUACACAUCGGGCGCCAUACACCACGUCACCAUCGGCCCGCUAGAGCCGGGCACGACUUACUAUACUACCGACGGAGUGGACGGCGUCGACGCUGUCCCAAAUCGGCGCCGCGGGCGCGGACCACGACCACGACAUGGUGCUGCUUCCGGGAGACCUCUCGUACGCGGACGGCCAGCAGCCGCUGUGGGACUCGUGGGGGCGGCUGGUGCAGCCGCUGGCGAGCGCGCGGCCGUGGAUGGUGACGGAAGGGAACCACGAGAAGGAGACGCUGCGCGAGCCCGACAGGCCGGCGCGGCGCUUCGUGGCGUACGACGCGCGGUGGCGCAUGCCGCACGAGGAGAGCUCGAUGCGUCGGGCGGCAAGGUGCACGUCGUCAUGCUGGGCUCCUACGCCGAGCUCGAGGCGGAAGGGUCGGAGCAGCAGCAGCACGCGUGGCUGCGGAGGGACCUUGCGGCGGUGGACCGGCGCAGGACGCCGUGGCUGCUGGUGCUCAUGCACGUGCCGUGGUACAACACUAACUGGGCGCACCAGGGCGAGGCCGAGAGCAUGCGCAGGGCCAUGGAGAGCCUGCUCUACGAGGCGCGUGUGGAUGUCGUCUUCGCCUCUCACACCCAUGCCUAUGAGCGCUUUGAGAGGAUUUAUGACAACAAGGCCAACAGCCAGGGCCCGAUGUACAUCACCAUUGGUGACGCAGGCAACAACAAAGCUCAUAAAUUCAUGAGUGACCAUAAGCUGGCGCACCUGUCGCUGUUCCGGGAGGUAAGCUUUGGGCACGGGCGGCUGAGGAUCAUGGACAACAGGAGAACAGGUCUGGUUGGAGAGCUUGGCUAG